UUUUUUCAGCGGCGAAAAGUAGUUGUACACGACACCUCUGCGCCGACGUUCUUCCCGUCGUACGUUGCUCAUCGUUGGAAGUAUAGUUUGGAAAGAAAAAAGUGACGAAAAUGGGCGUGAACGUGAUCAGUUGUCUCGUAAGCGAUGGCCGCUCCCCGAGCCGGAAACCAAACUACGGAGCGCCUUGUUUUCAGCGAGCUUCAUCAUCUUCGAGCAAUCAGAACAAUCAUGAACCGGACACAGCAGCAGCAGCUGUCCCUAGUACCCGCCGCAGCGGUCGUAUCUGUGCUUCUGAGAUGAAGAAAUCGGGUUGCAGCUCUACUGUUGGGGCCGGCGCGUGGUUUUCUCUUUCCGUUCUGUGCAGCGUUGUUCCCCAUCUAAAUCUCGUUGAAGCGUACAAAAUGCAAGCGGGAAAAAUCGGAACAAAAUCCAAGUCCACAGCGGGGGCUGCCGCAAAAAAGCAAGCGUACUACAAAAAAAUGCAGGCGGGGGCCGGCGCGGCAACCAAAAAAUCCAAAUCGAAAGCGGGAGCUGCAGCACAGAAGCAAGCGCACAAAAAAAUGCAGGCAGGGGAAGGAACGCAAUCCAAGUCCAAAGCGGGAGCUGCAGCAGAGAGCCAAGCCGCGAGGAGGGUGCAGACGGAGAUGGGACGAACGAAAUCGAAAUCCAAGUUCAAGGCGGGAGCUGCCGCGGAGAAAGUCAAAGCGGAGAAAGUGAAAGCGUUGGCGGGGGCCCGAACAACCGAAGCCAAGUCCUCCAAAGCGGCCACUGCAAAAACGAAGCGCAGUAGUACUAUCACGUCCACAACUAAGACGAGAACCACGUCACUGCUGCAGCGCAAGCAAUCCGAGAGGGAGAAGCAGAAGGAAAAGGAGAGGCACCUGCGUCUCCUGGUUUCCGCGCUGAAGGAUGAUGAUGCAGCAGCGUCGACUUCCAAGAACAAAACUGCCGAUGAAGGUGAACAAGACAGUGCUUGCUGCGGGGGCGGAGUAAAUGACGAAAGCACCAGCGAAGACGAGGACGCAACAAACCCAACCAACGAAACCGUUAAAGCGGUCACCAGUCCAAGUCGUGGGGGAGGUGGUGGUGGUAGUACGACCUCUUUUUCGCCCAAAGACAAAGAUGUCGAUACCACUUGUGAAAACGAGGCCGGUGCCGAGAUCGCGGCCCCUUACUGUCCGGAGAUUGAUACAGAGUGUCGCGAGCUGGACGGGAAGAACUUUUUCCAGGCCGAUCCGCUCAUCGGGCAGGAGGAGAAUGCGAGCGAGCUGAACGAAAACACGAAGCAGCAGCACCCCCCGAUGCGGCACAUGCCGGAUCUGAGCGCGCUGGCGCUCAGUGUGGGCAGCACGCACGCCUACGUCGCGCACGUCGGCGUGAUGCGGGGGCUUGUGCAGCUGCGCGACGACGAGAUUACGCAGUUGUUGGACGAGAAACACGGCGCAGCUGCUGGGGAAAGCAACCACGCGGCGGAGUCCUUAUUUCCCCCGGAAGACGGCGACACCAGCGCGGAGAAGCUGAAGACCCUGCUCGGAGACGACAAUUUUAUGCUGACCUCCUACCCGGCCUACCUGUACGGGGCCUCGGGCGGGUCGUGGCUCGCGAGUCUGUUGUUCUACAGCAGUGGGAAUAACACGGACGGUUCUUUAUUGAACACGGCGGACUACAAAAGCGACGACGCGCAACAGGUGUGGGACGACUUUAAGGCACUGUACACGUCGACACUCUCCAAAACGGACACCUCCGCGAAUGACAAUCUGAAGACCAACGCGGGCCUGCUCGACUUGUUUCUCACCAGCUCGCAUCAAAAAGGCGUGGACGGCAAGGGCUCGGAACUGAACAGCGAUCUGUUGUUGGACAUUUUGCUGACGACCCCGAAGUAUGGCGGCCUGGCCCGGUUCUGGGCCAACUUUGUGAACCGGGCGUUUUUUCAGGCGGUGGAGCAAACCGUGGACAAGGACAAGACUCUGCCCCUGUGGCACUUUCCUUCUCCCGAAGACGAGCUGCUGCGGAAAAACACUUUACAGCCCUACGUGGUCACCACCGUCACUUUAUUGCGCGAACUACUUUGCGGGACCGCGUGCGAGAAGGAGGAUUUUUUCCUGCUGUUGCAAGAACACACGCCGUAUGGCGUCGGGCAGGUGAACCUGGGGAACAACGAAGACCUAUACGGCUUCUUUCCCCGCAAGUGUCUGCAGUACACGAUGCCGCCCGAGGACAACUCCGGCGACCGGGGCCGGUACCGGCACAUGACACCAGCCUGGUCCGCGGCCUGGUCCUCCACCGUGUUGACCGGCCCGGUGGACGGCAUCUACCAGAACCUUGAGGGAUUUUUGAAACAAGCGCUCGCACAUCUAAUCCCCAUGACGACUUACACGGUGCAGACCGCGUAUGACGACGAUAUCGACAGUAUAGUACAUGCUGCAUCAAAGUUAGAUGAAUACGAAAAAGCAUGAGAUUAAGAGCGUGCACAUAUAAAUGCAAGGAGUCUACUACUUGGCGUAUAGCAGCACCAAUUUUCUUUAGUUUUACACAAAAAAUUGACUUCGAUGAUUAAGAUUAAGAUUGACAACGACAAAACACUCCAUGAUACAGCCCCUGCGCCCAAUUCCGUCCAAAAUGCGGAGCGGUACAUGGUCGGCGAUGGCGGGUUUGUCGAUUCCACGAGCAUCCCGGCCUGCCUCCGCCGCGGAAUGAAGCGGAUCGUCGCCGUUAUGGCGGAAGACGGGGGACUGAAUGCGGAUUUGCACGGCUAUGCGAAUUUGAUGGAAGAAGGGGACGACGGCUCGCACGUAGAAGAUGAAGGUGAUGAUGAACAAGAUCCUCCUCCCGCUGGAACAACAACCUGCAACCUCGAGUUGGUUAACCAAGUACCGAUUAGUCUGCGGGCGCUGUUUGGCUUCUCCGACAACUUUCUCGACCCGAAAACUGGGCUGUGGGACAAGCUGAUCCACUAUCAAAUGUAAAAAUGUCUGGGUCUGGAAGAGUGCGCGAUUUGUCAUGCAGCUUUUCCAUGACCCAUGAGGUCUGGAAUGCAGGACCCAGCAUGACAGAUUCUGUGCGACCUUUCUCAUGCCUAUCCUGCAUGAGAAACUGCCUCCCGACUUGGUCAAAACUCGACGGCUUUUGGUAAUCAUGCAACACAGAUUUUUGCAUGCUGCAGAUUUAGCAUGACAAGUUGCAUUCUUCCAGACCCAGACAUUUUUACAUUUGAUAUCCACGACUAUGGGAUGGUGUACACAAGAAACCAAGUGUUUCACGUAUCCUGAGUAAAAAUGUCCCCACACCAGAGUCAAGAUGGGAAAUCUGCUAGACAAAUCGGCAAGCUUUGGGAGUUGUGCAUGACAAGUUUCCGUCUGUAGUAUAGUGGUGCAUAGCAAGGCAAGCCGCAUGAGAAAGCCGAUUUCUCUUCCUGUUGACAGCAUUACAAAUGUCGAAUCACUAUUGGAAAUACCUCUCAUGGGGAUGCGCAUUACAAAUGUUCCUGUCAUUGCGCAUUUGCAUUACAACUCUGGGGUGGGUACGUUUUUACACAGCAUACCACGAGGACGACCUGUGCCCCGUAAUUCGCGCGCUGGUGGAAAACGAACACAAUGGGUACGUGCAGACGUUCGAACUGACCACGGUGGAAAACGAGCACUACGGCAUCCCCGAGGGACACAAUGUGGUGAUUACCUUCUUCCUCCUCUACGCAACUUUACCCCCGGCGCCGACCCAGGGGGCGCUGAAUUUGGCCGUGCCGCCAGGGUAUGCGGAGCUGUUCAAGGACGUCGCGGAGUUAGCAUCUUACGACAUCGCCGUCACUACCCACCGGGGGUCGGUCGACGAGUUCGCCGCCGCCACGGGUAUGCUCUCUACCUUCAUCACCAGCGCGGACGAGCAUGUGGCCAGCAGCGGCGCCAACUCGGGAAGUACAACCGUCGUGAAUGCCACCGAAGAGCUGGCCAAAAUCCAGCUGGUACCGCAGGCGGACUUGAACUUGACGGCGCAGGUGCAGAGGCAGCUGCACCGGGCGACGAGCAUCGACUGGUUCGCAGAUGUGGUGGUCAACAGUGCGAAGAAGUUUGCGCGGGCGUUUUUCCUGUCGCACAUGGCCACGUGGAUCACGCUGCACGAGGAGAACAAGAAGCACUUUGUGUUUGACGCCGACACCGUGAAAAACAGCGGCGUUGUCCUUACCCUGCCCCUGCCGGUUGAUGAGGCGGAGACGGACUCGUCGGUGUAAGUAUCUCUUCCACGGUUGAAAAAAAAUUCCGAGUCUACGGUCGUUUCCCUUUUUUUGUAAAUUUGUCUUUUGAUGUUUUCAUCACAUUUGCCCACUUACUGGUACAUUGUCUUUUCACAUUCGCAUAUCUGUCUUGACGUGGCCUCUGCUCUUGCAGCAGCAUGUCGAGAGCCUUUCUUGCUUUUUUCUCUCCCCACCUCAAGAGCAGACGCAAGCGUCAGUCAUUUUUCGGUCGCCUUCCCGGUCCCAAUUUUUUCAUCUAUCUAAGUACUUCUUCGCCCCCCCCUCAUCGGAACCCAAAGUCAGUUGUAGGUAAGACUAAAAACACAAAGGCUAGUAUCUGAACGUGAACUCCGCGAUUACUUUAGCUUUAGCUUUUGAACUUGAAAGAAGCAACAUUUUUUACUAGUAAGAAAAAAGUACGUACUAGGACAGCUCAAGAACAUCAUCAACAAGCACGUUGUAAGCUCUCCUACGAACAAUAGCUUGCGUUUCGAAAUCGACAUCAUGAAAACAAAGCACUAGUAGGGUUUCAUGAAGUAAACAUGCAGUGGAACGAGUUUAAGUUGAAGCUGUCGAAGCGAUGACUUUCAUAAACCUGCAGCUCGCCGGCGUAAGACAGUAACAUAAUACGACACAGCAGCGUUAGUUACUGAAAUGAAUGCCUCUUGAUCUUGGUUUUGUUUUCUGUUCGAGGAUCAUUUUUUCCCAUUUCCAGUCUAUUGCCAGGAUCGUCAGGAU